CAUAAUUUUCAGUCUCAAUCAGAGCGUCGUUCUAGUCAGGAGGCGGUUCUCGCACCUUCCCGCGCGGUAGAUACGUCUUCAGGUGUGUGUCGAAGCCGAUGAUGGUGCCUUGAACGCAACCUACUCAAAUUCGAAUCGGUUGUUGUUACGGAAUUUCAGUGGUUUCUGCGGUUCCCGGCUUCGAAACCGAAAUAGAGCAGUGUUGCAGCCUUUGGGUUUCGAUACUUGAGGGACUGUCAAGUAAAAGCGCGCGCGAAACGGCAAAGGUUCUGCAAGGACCAUCGUUUGUGGUGCAGCUGAUGGCGCAAAAUGAAAAGAGUUAAUCGAACUUGAUUGUAACCCCAUCAAGUAACCUUCAAAACGAAACAAAAGAUCAAGCCAGUAGACACACGCCACGCCCAAGGGUUUUCAUUACCGCAAAAUCUCCGCCUUUGCCGACUAUUCCGGAACUCAUCACGACCUGAACUGUAAUCACAAAGUGACGCAUCGAUGCGUCAAUUUGAAAUGAAUAAACCGAAUCCAUCUACGAUCUGAUGCAUCUCCGAUUAUUGGAAACGUCUCGUUUCCUUCAAACUAGCGCACAUUCAUAUGUCACCUAUGGGCACUCAGCGGUGACAAAUUCCUUCAGAAAACUGCUGAGCAAAUCUGUUCAAUCAACCCGAACAAAAGAACCAAUCGUCGAGAUUAAUUAAUCGGCUAACCUCGAGAGCUGCUCCGAACACGCGAGAUUACUCCAUACUGGAGAGGGAAACCCUUUUUCGAAAUCGAAUGUCACUGUGUCACCCAACCGGGCGCGCAAAAAAGCGGAGAUUAUGCGGCGAACAGAACAAAGCGUCUCCUUCAGACAGUCAAUCUCCGCACUAGCUAAGCAGUCGUUGGAUGGGUUGCUGCGGUAGUCAUCAUACGGCAGCAGUGGAACGUUCUUCCAUAAUGACGACAACGAUAAUGGCAAUAAUCAAAGCAUGCGACGCCGACGACGAAGUGCUGAUUAGAUAGCAUUGGCUUACUUUGAUCGACUAAACGGGGUUUAUUGGGCUUCAAGAAGUUGUUGGGCGAAAACCAAUAAGUGCAUUAUUCUAGUCGAAAGAAAAGGUCAUGGUUGAUGUAGCCAAAAUGGAGCCGAAAGGGAAAACAGCUCGAGUAGUUCCGACGUCAAGUUCGGGAAGUAAUUUAUUGGCCAGUGUGUUUGGCUUGAAGAGUACAAGAAAAGGUGAAGCUUGGUGCGAAAACGAACACACUACCAAAGCACCGGACAAAUCGUACGAAGAAGAUCCUUCGAAACCGUUCAUCGCGAAGGAAAGUGAAAGUGAGUCCAGUGUAGAAAGUGAUCACAAGAAGUCCAAAGCCCGAGUCUAUUCGAUAGAUGUGGAACGAGUAGUGCCAAAGGAAAAGAGUGAUCGGAAGAUAAGGGCCAGCGGUACGAGCAGUAGUGAGUGUAGCACCUCGAGCAAUACCAGUGGUGAAAGUGCCAACGGAAGUAAACAGAAUUCUCAUCUAGACGCUAAGCUUGUGGAUAAGUUCGUUAGGAACAACCGGAGGCGGCGGAAACGGAAGGAUGCCAAAAGUACGCUGAUAAAAUUGUGCCAAUGUUGUCCCUGGACCGUGCCAUGGAGUCUGUUGGUGGUUAGUGCAAUACAGAUUUGUACAUACAUCUUUAACAAUAAUAGGUUUUACCAACUCCUAAUUUUCAACCCGGUGCUGCAGCAUGAGAUAUGGCGUUUCGUGACGUAUACCUUCCUCCACGCCAAUGCCGUCCACCUGAUGCUCAACGUUAUCAUUCAGAUAAUAGUGGCCUUCCCCCUUGAGACUGAACAGGGGCACCGAUCCGUGCUGGUGGUGUAUUUUUCCGGCGUGAUUGCCGGUGGAAUGGGAGCAUCCGUGUUCGAUCCCACGCACAUGGUGGGAGCCUCGGCUGGAGUGUACUGCCUGCUGAUAAGUCAUGUGCCGCACAUAGUUAUGAACUUCCAAUCCCUGUCGCAUCGCUACUUCCGAAUAAUGGCCGUGCUGGUGCUGUGCGUCAGCGAUGUAAUCUAUUCCAUCCGACACUGCAUGACUAAAGGCAACCUCCAGCCCCGGAUAGGCGUCCCGGCACAUGUCAGUGGUGCCAUCUGUGGUCUGCUGAUAGGGUUCAUCGUGUAUCAAGGCGGAAAGGAGAUACACCUUCGGAUAGCCCGAUAUGUGGCAGCGCUGCUCCUCUUCGGGUGGAUCGUCGCUACGAUCAUGUACAACGUGCAAGUGCGAGUGUAACACUGUGUUCUUUCGAUGUUUUUUACUCAAAAUUGUGUAAGUAGUUGAAUUAUUUAUUAAUCGAACGAAAUCGAUUCGAAUGGUGGUGAUAAAUGGCCAAAAAUGCUUAAUGUGAAAUAGGGCAAAAGCGUAAUCCGAACCGUACCUAAGAUGCAAUUUUGAUGGAAAUGAUAGUCAUUUAUAUACGAUUAAAAUUAUUUGAAAGCUUUA